AUGCAGCCCAUGACCAGCCUUGUUCUCUGUGCCUUCAUGCUGCUCACGGGUUUCCUGUUCAUCUGCCUGGGGGCCUUCCUCAUCUCCUCAGGCUCCCUGUUCAACUACCAGGGGACUCUGAUUAUAGCCUAUCUGCUCCUGCCUUUGGGCUUUGUGAUCCUUCUGAGUGGAGUUUUCUGGAGCACCUACCGCCAGGCAAGCAAAAGCAAAAAGAUGUUCAGCCAUGUGCUCAGACAACACCUUGCUCAGAGGGACCUGGCCCUGGCCACAGUGGACAGGCCAGAUUUCUACCCUCCAGCCUAUGCAGAGAGCCUUGAUGCAGACAAGCAGAUCUGUCAUGCCAGGGGAGCAGCCUCAGAGAUCCCCCCACCACUGUACACAGAGAUGCACCUUGACGUUGGCAGUGAAAUCGAGGCCCAGCCAGAGGCCCCUCCACCCUACGAGGAGUCCAUAACAGACAUGGCAGCUGCAACCACGUCCAAGGCUACUGAGGAGCAGGGUUGGGGAUGCUGA